AUGACAUUGAGUGAAGAGCCAGGAACAGUUGAUAACUCUACAUUUAGUAAAUUUUUUGCUAUAUAUUCUAGAGAUGAGAAUUAUAAUUUAUUAUGUGUUGAAAACAAGGGCGGUUUUCAAAUCAACAACUCAUGGGCUAAAAUAACUGAAAAGAUGAAAAAAUUGGAAUUGGAAAAUGAAAGUAAUAUGAAGGAAUAUGGAUUUACUCAAGAAGAAUUGGAACCAAACACUUUACCAAAUGAUUUUGAUGGUAACUUGAAAACUAUUGAAUAUAAAAAAGAUGGUGAAGAUUUUGUGCGUGGUGUUAUCUUGAGAGAUUAUGACUUGAAGUCUGGUACCCACUUAAGUAAAUUUCAUGACUGGUUUGCCAAAUUGAUUGUUCAAGAUACUAGAAUUGAAAGAAGUGUUCUUCCAAGUUCAAUGGAUCCUGGUCAUAAAGUUGCCAAUUUAGUUGCAGACUUUUUUGCUGAUCAUUUGAAAAACACUACAACUCAUGAUCAAUGGGAACAAGGUGGUAGAGAUUAUUUUAUUGAAAGAGUUCUCUAUUUUACUUCAAGAAAAGCCAAGAUUGAAUGUGUUUUGCCAGCUUUCCCAUGUAAAUCUUCAAACACUGAAAAAGUUGUUGGUGCAUUCCCAGAUAAAGGUGAAGAAUUGGCUUUGAGAAGAUUAAUAUAUCUUUCAAAAGCUACUCAAACUAUAUAUGAACCAGGUAUGAAAAUUUUUAUUGUUAGUGAUGGUCAUGUUUUCAGUGAUUGUAUUGGUGUUGAUGAUGAUGUUGUUGAUAGAUACACUGAAAGAUUGAGAUAUUUUUAUUCUAAAAUCAUUGAAAAUGAUAAAUCAAAUGAAGAUUAUGUUGGCUUUGUUUCCUUGAAAGAUUUGUUCUUUAAAAAAGAUUAUGAAUUUGAUGAAAGUUUAAUUGCUGAUGUUCAAUUACCACAUUAUACUGGCUCCAAAAUUUGUGAAGACUCUGAAUUGUCAAGAAGAUUGUUAAUUGCUGGAUGUGAUACUGAUGCUGGUAAAUUGAGAAAAGAUAUUGAAGAAGCUGACCAUCCAAGAUUACAUCUUUAUAGAGGUUUUUCAAGAUUUAUGUUGGAAGAUUUAGCUUUACAUCCAUAUUGUAAAACUUUGUCAAGAAAAACUUUUAAAAAGAUUGUUUCCAAAGUUGCAUUUGAAAUGAUUAAAAGAAAUGAUGCUUACUCAAAUUUGGUUGAAUUGUUGUUUCCAUUCCAUAUGCGUUUUUCAAUCCAUGCUCAUACUAAUUCAGGUCCUAAAUUUGGUAUUAAAUUGAUUUCACCAGAUGAUUGUAAAAUCAUUAAAGCUUUAGAUUCAACAGCUGAACCAUCAUUUGAAGAUUUGUUGCACAUUCCAACACCAUGGCAUAACUCUAUCAUCAAGGUUGAAGGACAUCGAUAUUUUUAUUUGGCCAAAUCUAAAAUUGUUAUGGAUGCUGAAUCCAAAGGUCUUUAUAAUGGUGAAUGGAGAAAAGGUGAUGUUGAAUCAGGUCUUGGUGGGUAUUGGUAUCUUACCAAAAAAGAUGAUGCUUGA